AUGGACUCGUCGACCCAGCGCGAAAGACAACGCAAUGUCUAUGGCUCCUUCCCCUUUGAUAACGAUGAACCAGACCCAUCUCGAGCGCUGGUCAACAGAAGGUUUCCUCCCAUGGUUGAAGCUCCUUUCGGCCAGAAUGCAUCCCUCGGAACCAGCAGAGAGCAGAGCACUGCAUCGCCCCCUUCCCCUCAGAGAGUUACCGUCGUCGGUAUACAAGAUUCUCCAACUAUGCAGAACAUUUGGAACCCUAAAUCAAGAAACGAUAUCACCGUCCACUUUGAGAUGGAGGUCGGCGAGGACCUCGAUAGUUGGCUGGAGGAGUUCUCCCGUCUCAAGAGGCUGGGCCACUUUCAUGCCGCCGAGCAAUAUUUCGAAGACAACCUACGCGAUUUCAGUGGCAUUCUACCGGUUGCGAUUGAGUAUGCCGAUAUGCUUGUGGAACAGGGUGCCUACAAGCGCCUGCGUCAAUUUAUAUCUUCUCACAGGGAACUACUAAAUUCUGUAGAACGAGCUGACCCAAUGCAUUCCGCUGCCACCCUGGGGGAAGCAUAUGGCAAAGUGCGAUUGAUCGAACAAGACAUGCGAUCCAUAGCGAAACCAUCGGAAAAGCCGGUUGCGUCUCUAGAUUCGUCCGAAAUUCAAGUCAUUCGAUACGCUUUGAGAAUACUAUCAAAAGUAGAGAGGGAGACAGACCUCGUCCCUGAGAGACAGUUCAACUACUGGUCGAACUGGGGUCACUUAUAUAGACCCCUUGUUGCAGCAAGUCAAAUAUCAGAUGCGAGGGACCUCAUCAUCGCUUCAAUAGAGGCUGAAGGUACACCGAAUACGUGGAAUAUCAUGUUCCAAAUGGAUGUCCACUCUACACACGCAUUCAACCGCCUCCUCGGUGACUGGAACAUGGCACAUUAUGAUGAAUCAACAUAUUUAGCCAUUCUUGACAUCCUGGUGAGCGUAAUAUGUGAUUUGUGCUCGUUUUCGGUCACCUUACCAGAAAGAGAGCAUUUAACUACCGCGGAACGAUGUCUACAGCAUGCGCACAGCGUGGCUAUCUGCCUGAAGGAAAACAGCCCAGAACUGAUUAAAUCCCGCCCGUAUCUUCGUUGGGUUCUGGCCAAGUCUGAGCUGGAAAGGAAACUGAGUCCUGGUGAGGUGAAUCUGCACAGUCAUCUUAGUGCUUUCUCCGGCUUGGUUAUUUGGAUGAAUAGCCUUCCCAUAUACGUCCCAAUUAAGUCAGAAAACCCGCUUUGGUGCCCGGGUCUAGGAGAACACGAGCAAACCCCAGCUUCCCCAAAUGAGCUUUUAGAGGCCGCUGUUGGCACCGCAUGCGAGCUGGGAGAUUAUAGCACUGAGAUAGCUUGCCUCACCGAGCUGAUUUGUUGCUCCUCUGGUGCACUGGACGUACUGGGAGAGCGGUUUGAUCGCAUACGGAAUCUGCAACUCAAUUCGCAAGGCAAUAUUCUUGACUGCCAGCAGACAUGUCUGACGCGGUACCUCACCACUACUACCAAUCAGGCACGCCGGGAUCUGGUCGCUGAAAUCAGAGAACUGAAGGGCUUUAAAACUGGCGAUUAUUCUCUCAGAGAGUGGUGCACGUUAGUUAUAGAGGACGCACUCUGCUUCUCUCUGGGGGACAUUGUAGAUAAAUCCCCGGCCGUCCUCGAUGAGGGAUUCUCGACCUACCUCCCCCAAUACAUCAAGGAUCAAAUCAUACAUCGGGGGUUAGAAAAGAUAUAUAGUCUGCACCUCAACCACGACAAAGCCAACUCAAGCGGUACCCACCGGUCCAACGUACGCAGCUUAUCACCUGAGCCACCUUUAGCAUACUCAAGACGACCAUCAUACGAACGCGUGCGACAUAGAGAUCCAAGACCCGGUGUUGCUGGGAUGGGGGGCGAAGACUCUGGCAUCGCCCCUUCGAGUGAAGACGACCUGACCGACACCGCAGUCAUUGGGGUCUCGGCCUCGCCUCGAGACAUGAGAUCUUUCAGCCCUCCAAGAAGAGUCCUUACAAGACGUAGCACAGUAGAAAGUGUUAGUGACGAAUGUGACGACCCAUGA